AUGGUCGAAAUCACUUAUGAAGUCAAGGGCAAAACAGCUGUCAUAACACUUAACAUUCCACAAUUGUAUAAUGCUCUUAGUGGAGCUGAAUAUCGUCGCUUGGAACAGUUAGUUUUACUUGCAGCUCAAAAUCCCGAUACUAUUGUUACUCUUAUUCAAGGAACAGGUAAAUUUUUUUCUGCUGGUGCCAACUUAGGUUCCGGCUCUGGCUCUAAAAAAGAGGAUACCAUUGAACUUAAGCAAAUAGAUGAUCCGUCUGAUCCUGCAGAAUAUGAGAAUCAAAAAGUUCGAACUGCUUAUGCAUAUAGCUUUGGUACCCGCAAUUUGACAAUCACUGAAAGCUUUUACAAUCAUCCUAAGGUUCUUGUUGUUGCCCUUAAUGGACCAGUUAUUGGUUUAACAUCUUCACUUGUUGCAAUGGCUGAUUUUAUUUAUGCCCGAGAUACUGCUUGGCUUUUAACGCCUUUUUCCAACAUUGGACUGGCACCUGAAGGUGCCGCAUCGUUUUCUCUUGCCUACCGUCUAGGUCAUUCUAAGGCAAGCGAACUUCUUCUUUCUUCGACACCAAUUGAUGCAAAUGAACUUUAUCGACUGGGAUUCGUAAACAAAUUAUAUUCUUCUGAGGAAUAUACAACAGAAAGCUUUAAUGAAACAAUUCAAAAGCUGAUUCAAGAAAAGUUUUACCAUCUUCAUCCAGAGUCUCUCAUUAUUACUAAAGAACUAAUGAGAAAGUCAACAGCGAAAAACUACGCUGAAGCCAAUGCUCUUGAAGUUGUCGCUGGUACAGAUCAGUUCACUAAAGGCGUCCCGCAAAAAAGAUUCGCUGCACUUGCUAAGCGUGAGCUUAAACACAAACUUUAA